AUUUAUUAUUUUUCUUGUAAAAAUUGUUGUUUGUUAAAAAUAAAAACGUUUCAGUUUUUGCAUUUACUCAUGGCAACAAAAGACACAAUAUUCAAAUAUCAGGAUGGAUAUAUCCUUGUCGAAGAUCUUGAGGAGUGGCUUGCCCUAGGAUUAAUCACUGAGAAGGAUCGAGUUUGGUUAUAUCACAAUGAACGAGCUAUUUCUUUUGCAAUCAGUACACUUAUUAUAAUCAAUGGAAGAGAACAUCCAUUUCAAAGUGUUCAACGGUUUUUCGAAUGUAAUCAAAGUUCUUCCGAUAGCGAUUCUGAAUACAGUGACGUCACCAUACAAUCAACUUCUGUGACACCGCUAAAGGAUCGUGUUAAAAUCAGAACUAAAUUCACCACAAUUCCUCUGCUGUGUUCAUAUUUGAAAGAAGAUAAGAAGAUAUUGUUACAAUCAGAUAUUGCUUUACUUUUGGAUUUAUUCUCAAAAUUAGAUAAGAAAGCAUUUCAGCUUAAAAAUAAUUAUUUACCAAGAUUUUGUGCUCAGGCUGAACGACCGAAUAUAUGCAAUGUGUGUAACAACCAAGCUCCGAGUACAAUUCAUCGUUACGUUAAGCAUGUUAUAUCUGAAAAGCAUCUCAAAAAUUUGACGGGUGUUUCACCACAAGAAUUUAAUUUCUGGGUGAAUAUUCUCACUCUGGAGACCAAGAAACAACCGAAUAUUCUGGCAAUUGUGACACAAAUGAAUUCACCUCCGAUUCCACUAAUUGAUUUCAAAGUUGAAUCUGCUCUUGUGAAAGAAAACGAGAGAAGUACCAAAAUUGAAGAAUUGCGAGUCAUUUAUGAAAAAUUGACAAAAGAGGAACGAGUCGAAAAGAUGACUCUCGUCAGACAUUUGGAUAAGGAAAAAACAAUUUCUUGUACUGCAUGUUCAGUUACUAUUAAAAGUUUUCAAGAAGUUAUGGAUCAUAUUUUACUAACGGAUCAUGUCAAAUAUCUGGUCAACUUCGGGUUCUCAGAAAAAGCUUUACUUUGGUGGAAGAAACGGUUUGAAACUGAACAGGAGCAAUUAAAAGUUCAAGUUCCAAAAGUUGAUGAGAAGCCUACAGAAUCAUCAAUUCCAACCAAAACUUCAAAUGUAACUUCUCAGUUGAAUAAACCUUCUCCAUCUCCUCACACUCAACGUGUUCCAUUACUAAGUCCACUUGCUUCUGCAACCAGGUCAUCACAAAAAAUGUUCAUAGACACACUUCGAAGUAUUGAUGUGAAACUUAAAAAACUUGAAGAAGAAAACUCAGUGAUCAAAGGAAUGAUUGUUGACUGGAAAUGCGAAUUCUGCAGCACAAAACAGAAACCAUUGGAGUUCUCCACAGAAUUCGAUGCCAUCCGACAUGUUAUUUCAAGUCAGAAACAUAAGGAAUAUAUGAAGUUCACUGCACCAAUUCACGAUCUAAAUUUCUGGUAUAACUGGAUUGCUGACUUGAAUCGCGUGAAAACUGUGCAAACUGUUAAUCUAACACCAAAGAAUUCAAGAACAGAACAAUCACACAAAUUCUUGAAAAAACCCGAAAACAUGAUUAUUCCUGCAAGUAAGUACAACAAUUACUUACAAGGGAAGUAUGCAUUUGAAUUCGACUACAAGGAAAAUCGAUCUGAAGUUUUUUCUGUGAAGUGUUUUACUACUAUUCAGAUUUUUAUUCCAGUGCUCCAAAAGUUGACUUUACAGACGUUCUCAUUAAAAAAAAUGCAGGAAAAAGCUCCAUUACUUGACCAAUUAGUUUCUGGCAUUGCAGUUGUAAAAGGUAAAGAAUUCAACGACAAAAUAAAUGAAUUAUUGACCCUGAUUAAAUCAAAAAGUUCCGAGGAAAAAGCCAAAAAUACGCGAGUAAACUGGAAAUGUACAUUUUGUGUGAAUUUGCAUUCAAAUCAAAUUCGUAUGGGUAACAUGAGUAGUGCAAUUCGACAUAUUUUUUCUUUUGAUCAUCGACAAAAUAUGGGUUGUGUUGCUUCUUCGUCUGAUCUCAAUUUUUGGAAAUCAUUUUUAACAGUUGCGGUUACAAAAGAAAUACCGGUGAUCACUCCGCAAGUACAAAACACUACAAGUUCUCCAAUUGCACAAAAUGUUAAAAAAAACGAAGAUCGUAUCGCAAUGCUUGAUAAACUACCGAAUGGAGCGAAAACAGUCACGAAAGAAAAGUUCAACGAGAUACUUGAUCGAUCCUUGAAAUUAUUCCGACAAGGAGGCAACGAAACGGUCAACGCCAAGAAAAAAGUGACGUGGAAAUGCUCAUUCUGCUCAACUCCAACAAGAAUUGUAUCUAUGUCAUUAUUGGGAAACACAUUUCUUCAUAUUGCAUCGGAGAAACACAGGGAAAAGAUGGUAUACAAAGCUUCAAUCUCUGAUCUUGAUCACUGGAGAAAAUGGGUGGAAGAGGUUACUCCCAGAAAUUGGAAACCAAAGACACCGGAGCCGACCAAAAGUUCAAAUGUCUCAGAAGUGUCAAAGGAGAAGGUAGCAACACCAAAAAAAGAUUCCACUCAUCAGAAAUCAGCAACACCCACUCCUUAUAAUAAUCCUCGUUUUCCGCUUCUCGAUGUCCCUCGCAGCCUUAACAAUAGGCUUUCAAAAGAAGAAUACAUGAAACAAUAUAACUCGAUUUGUGAAAAACUGAAAUCAUUGAAUUCUGGAACAGCAACAAAUCAGAAAGUUAACUGUUUUUGCUAUUACUGCCCAAAUUCAAUUGAGUUUAAAUCUAUUUGGGAAGUGGUACAACACGUAUUCAACGGAGUUCAUAUGAAAAAUAUCAACUACAUUGGAACUUCUGCUGACUUCCUAUAUUACGAAGAACUAAUCAAACAGAUUACUCCACCAAAAGUACGAGCUCCCGUGCCAUUUCCGACAACAAUGAAGCCAGAAGUUAAGAGAACUCCAGUUUCAGUAGUUAGUCCUGUACAACCUUCUCAACCUGUACCAAAAGCGGAAAUUCGUCCACAACCGUCCAUUACAAUGUCUUUUCCAAUAAGACCAGUUGUUAAAGAUUGUGAUUUUCCACUCUUUACAUCAACAGCUCCAUUCAAUGUCAACUAUGUAUAUGGGAAGACCACUUUUUGAUACGCCAACAAUAUGUAAGUACUGCAAAAUACAUUUAUCAGGAAUGACAAGUGUAACGGUGGCAAAACACGCAUUUUCUGUGAUGCAUAUAACAAUGAUGAAACAAUGUGGUGACCGAAUACAAUUCAGUGAUUAUGAAUGGUGGAUUAGAUUACUUGAGGAGGAAUUUCAUAUAAAGUACAACAGAGGCUCAUUUCUAAUUGAGUACCAUCUUGGUUUCACUCCAGUUGAAUCUUCAUCUUUAGCGUAUCCGAGAUUCCAAGAAUUCACAAGUGCAGAAAAAGCAUUAAUUUCUACGUUUGAUGAGAGCAAAAUGACAUCAGAAGCAACUGACAAAUUUAAUCUUCUGGAAACGCUUGGUGGAUGCUGCUACUGUAAGAAAUGGUGUUUUACUCCAGUAGAAGCACUAUAUCAUUUUCUAUCACAAGAACAUUUUACAGAGGUUCGGAAGCGUCAUCCAGUCAUGAAAAGUGAAGUAGACAAGGUUUUAAACUGUAUUGCACACUACCAAGUGCAAAGUUCCUCACGAUGCACAAUCAUGUAGACAUUUGACAUAUCUCAAAAUGAAUGUCCUAGUCCCUUUGUAUAAUAAUCUGAAUAAAAUGUCUAAUUCUUG